CUUCACCCUCGCACGCAGAGUUGCACUUCCCGAACAUGGCUCUGAUAUGGCCAAAGCAGAAGCAUUACUGCGCUACUUUCUUCGUUGUCUGGGCUAUGCUGUACAUGCUGAGCUGCCACUGGGUUGUAAAGGGACUCGCUGUCGGAUUUUUUAGUCUGUACGUUGCAGAUUUGGCUCUUAAAAUACAUGAAGAUUUCUUCAAAGAAAAGACGUACAUCAAAGAUAACGAGAAGGCUGUCUUCAUUACAGGAUGCGACUCCGGCUUCGGCAACAAGCUGGCACAGAGGCUCGCGAACAUGGGCUUCACGGUGUUUGCUGGGUGCCUGUAUCCUGAAGGUUCAGGCGCGAAGGAGCUAGGGAAGGAUAAGAAAAUCGUCGUGAUCAAACUGGACGUGGUCGAACAAUGCGACAUCGAAAACGCUGUACAAGUUGUCAAAGAGUAUCUGGAUAAAUCUGGACUCAAGCUGUGGAGCAUCGUGAACAACGCCGGGAUCGCGUUGGGUGGUGAAGUAGAGUUAUUGACGAUGUCGACGUACCGACGAGUGCCAGAGGUGAACUCGCUGGCGCCCGUGGCCGUUACUAAAGCCUUUCUGCCCUUGCUGCGUCAGGCACGAGAGGGAAGGGUAGUCAAUGUCGCCUCCAUUGCAGGACGUUACACUAUGUAUGGCCUCACGGCCUACUGCAUGAGCAAGCACGCAGUCGUAGCCUUCAGUGACGGACUGCGCAUUGAGAUGAAGAAAUGGAACAUCUCCGUACAUACGAUAGAGCCCGUGCUCUACAAAACGAACAUCUGCUCGCUUGAUGCCUUGAGGCUGAACGACGCUAAAGUGUGGCAGGAGGCUCCUGAAGAAGCUAAAGAAGCGUACGGCAAAGAUUUCUUCGACGUCCGAUGCGCGGCGCACAGUGCGUUCGUCGAAGCCAUUAGUCGGGCGCCAGAAAAAAUUCACGAAGUCGUCGAUGAUCUCGUGGACGCCGUUGCCUCCGAGGCACCAAAAAUCCGUUACCUGCCGAGCCUGUCGAACAAGAUUUUCCAUCGGAUUAUGAACCAAAUGCCUUUCGAGAUUCAGCACUGGCACUUCAGCAGGUAUUGCCAAGCCCUCACGCCAGCCAAGGCAACCGUUAACUCACUCCAACUUCUCCUAGGUAUGUUCCAAUACCUCAGUUAUUGUUUGGUGUGGUCGGUGGUGGUGACGUUGGUGCUGCUCGUGGCGAGAAGUGUUGGUGUGGUAAUGUUUCUGGUCGCCGGAUUCGUGUCCCUGUUUCUCGCCGACUUGGCAAUCAAAACGAAGGAAAUUUAUUUCGAUGUCCGAGGACGCAUGCAGAAUGUGAGCCACCUUGCAGUUCUUAUUACCGGAUGCGAUACUGGCUUUGGCAACAUGCUGGCUCUGCGGUUGGCUGACCGAGGCUUCCAGGUAUAUGCAGGGUGUCUCUUUCCCGAUGGGGAAGGUGCGAAAGCUCUGGCCGAGCGAGCCAGCAUAUCUGUACUGAAGUUGGACGUGUGUAAACAAGAGGACAUAGAUACUGCGGUUCAGGUGGUCUCGGGAGACCUGCAGAAGAAAAAGCUGCAGCUGUGGAGUGUCGUCAAUAACGCCGGCAUCGCCAUCAUGUCGGAGGUGGAGCUUGUGCCCAUGGCUGCUUUCAGGAAGGUGCUGGAUGUGAACACUCUGGGGCCUGUGGCGGUGACGCAAGCCUUCCUCCCAUUGCUCCGCGCCAACGGUCGCGGCCGCAUCGUUAACGUCGCGUCCAUGGCAGGACGCUUCACGAUGUACGGCUUCACGCCAUACAGCAUGAGUAAGCAUGCACUCAUUGCGUUCAGCGACGGCUUGCGCAUUGAGAUGAAAAAGUGGAACAUCUCCGUACAUUCGAUCGAACCGGCGCUCUAUAGAACGCCCAUCGCCGACGAGAACAGGAUGCGCGCCUCGCUGGAGCAAAACUGGAGUGCCCUGGGCAGGGAGGUUCAGGAAGCCUAUGGUGAAGCCUACCACUCUGCCAUCGUGAAGAAUUUGUGUGAGGAUUGCAAGAAAACUGCCAAGCCAGAGGUCACUGAGGUUAUUGAUGACAUGGAGGACGCUGUGGCUGGCACCAAUCCACAGGUACGCUACACGCCUGGCAAUUACACGAAGCGUGUGGUGAGGAUCUUCAGGGAGCUCCCCAUCUCAGUCACUGACAUCUUGUUUGCUCAAACACACCCAGCUGUUGUGCCUGACAUGGCCAGGAACCAAGUAGGAGUCGUUCAAAAUUAAUUUUGAAAAGCAUUCAUCUUAUUCUCAAUGUAUAGCAGUGAUGGUAAAAACUACAUCAUCUAGAGCCUAGAGGUUCCUUUAACCUAACUAGGGAGAUACCUAGAUACUCUUACCUAUUCACUUGGGUCGCGAGCAUGGUUGAAUGAUCAUUUUUCAAUUAGAAUAGAAUAGAAGUGUCGCACUGAAGAAAUAGGCCCAU